AUGCCAAAAGGAUUCUCAACGCAGCGAGCAGAGUACAUCAGAUCAAUUCGAGCUCAGGCUCACAAAGAAGGAACCAUUUUCAAAGUCGCUUUGGAAGAAUCCAAAAACACGAAAGCCGCUAAGGCAGUACUCCUAGGGUACAGGACUGAAGAACCUCCUUUGUCACAACGCAAUAUCAGGGGGUGGUACAGUGAUGCCCCACUAAUCGACGAUGGGGAUAUUCACCUCUACGAAGAUGAUAUCUAUGACUUCGACAUCGACCUCUCCAACGUGGAGAAGAAGCACGAGACCGAUAGAUGCGUCUCUAUCAUGGAUCUAGCUCGACCAGCUAAGCGAAAAGGUGUCGCAAAGGAUUUCGAGAUGGUCAAGAACGAGUCGAAAGGCAAGCUUCUCGACGGCGAAGAUUUUGAGAUCUGGGAGGACGACCUGCUUUGGGAAGAAGACUGGGAGAAGAUUUACAAUGAGGACCCCAAAGACAUCAAGCGGUCCUACUCCGCUGUUCUACGGGGAUAUGAUACCUAG